AUGUGGCCAUUCGACAUGGUCGACUGGGUGAUGCUCACCGUGCCCUUUGCCUACAUUGGUAUCCUCGCUGGUUCCUUUGCCGUCUUCACAAACCUCUACCGCAAGCGUCAAGCCGCCAAUGCCGCAUCCCUCGAACCCUGGUUCCCCACACAUCUCCAGCGCAAUGUCUACCUCUCUCUCCUUCACAUGGACGACCCCAAGGUGCCGGACAGCGUACUGAAAGCUGCACUACUGCGCCGCGCGACCGAAGACAUUCACCGAAUCGUACAGGUCAGGAACGCGAAGCAGGCGCUACAAGUGUUGCUGCAGAGGGGUAGUGUGGGCGAUGAUCUGUGGCAGCGAUUCCAGAGGGCAGAGAAGGAGAUCGAGGAAGAACUUAGGGACGUUGUUAGCGAGGCCAACGCUUUCGCACCAAAUUGGGGUCAGACCAUCUUCCAAUCCGCCUCUGAAAUGGCACAGAACAACCACAUCCGCGAGCGCCUAGCCGAGAUCACGGCCAAGGCGCCAGCCGAAAAGGAGUGGUGGGAGAAGCGUAGGACCGAUAUCCAGACUGAAUUCAUGAAGGAGCUGGACGAGGAAAAGGCCAAGAGCGAAGACGGUGUAAUGGUAGAGAAGGCCAAGGCAUGA